AUGAGGCCAAUGGAAGGAGAACAAUGGCGGGAGAAGGCUAGCCUUCUGGUUCUGUCCCUUCAAAAGGGUACUCCUGUCCGUCCAUCUGGUCCCAAUCCAUGCACUCACAUCCCUAGAGGGGGCACAGGUUUCGCCCUCGAUGAUUUUCGACGGACGCAUAGGAAUCUCUACCUCCGGGAGAGCCCCUACCUUCAUCGCCGUGACCCCGUGAGCCGUGACCCCAUAAUUGUCCGCCGCUCGUCCUCGCCGCAUCUCAGUUGCUUCAUCUCGGUCGUUGCAUCCCUGUCGCUGUCGGAUAAUCAGAGUUUCUCUAGGGCAUUGUUCACUUGUUUGGAUCUGGACCCUGAGAAAGAACCACUGAGUUGGAAUACUAGAAUAAAAAUUGCUGUUGGUGCAGCUCGGGGCCUUGAGUAUCUCCACUGCAAAGCCAAUCCCCCUGUUAUCUACCGCGACUUGAAAUCUGCAAAUAUCUUGCUGGACAAUGAGUUCAAUCCAAAGCUCUCAGAUUUUGGGCUUGCUAAAUUGGGACCUGUUGGUGACAAUACUCAUGUUUCAACCAGAGUGAUGGGAACAUAUGGUUACUGUGCCCCAGAGUAUGCCAUGAGUGGCAAGUUGACUCUUAAAUCUGAUAUCUAUAGCCUUGGUGUGGUUCUGUUGGAGUUGUUCACUGGCCGAAGGGCAAUAGACUGUAGUAAGAAGCAGGGAGAGCAGAACCUUGUUUCUUGGAUCAACAGGGACCCAUAUUGACUGUGAUUAUGUUGGGACUGGAUGUGUUUUUAGAAGGCAAGCACUUUAUGGAUUUGAUGCUCCUGCCAAGAAGAAGCCCCCUAGCAAAACCUGCAAUUGUUUGCCAAAAUGGUGCUGCUUAAU